GAGACCUGAACCAACUCGGACUCCUCGUAGUCGUAGCUACUUCCACCCUGAAAGACCGCGCAAGCAUGCAAUACGGCGUCGACGAUCAGUUUCCUUGUCUCGCGCUGGACUGAGUAAAUCAAGGAGCAAAUUCCUUGCUGGAACUCGCCGGGAUCUUGCGACGCGAGCGUAGCUGCAUCUGCGAUUCUGCAUAGUGCGGCGGCAUACAUGGCGCGUCCAGUUCUUCCGAUCACGGCCCCGCGCGGAGGUGCAGCGCCGCCGUCGUCGUGGUCUUCCCCGGUGGACCAGUGGACGAAGCGGCUCCAGGAGGCCCAGCGGCUGGUGGACGAGGUCGCCGAGCGGGUCGCCGAGAGGGAGUCCGUGCCGCCGUCGCUGCCGCGCGAGCUGCAGCGCCGGACCGCCGAGAUCCGGCGCAAGGUCGCCAUCGUUGGUACCAGGCUCGACAUGCUCAAGGAGGACCUGUCUGAUCUCCCCAAAAGACAAAACAUAAGCUUGAAACAGUUGGGCAAGCUAGCCGAGAAGCUUGCCGGUGUGUGUUCCAAGGCGCAGGAGGUUGGCGGCCAGUUCACCAUGAAGUACUCCUCAGACAGGAAUGACUUGUGUGGAUGGAGCGCAAAGAUAGAUGUAAACAGCAUUGCCAACAUGGAUAACCAUGAAAUGGUCAAAUUGCAGAGGAAGGUAAUGAAAGAGCAAGAUGCUGAGCUGAAGAUACUGGAGGAGACCGUUACCAGCACGAAGCACAUUGCGCUAGCGAUCAACGGGGAGCUGGACCUACACACUAAGCUCAUUGAGAAACUGGACGAGGAUGUUGAAGAAACAAGCAACCAGCUGCAGCGUGCGCUGAAGAGGCUGAAAGCACUCAACACGCGCAUGAGGAAAAGCCGUUCUUGUUGGGGCAUCGUGUUGUCUGUCGUUGCCGUUGUAAUCUGCGUUGCCGUAUUCUGGGCUCUGAUAACGAUCUAGUACUACAACGACCAAAAGGCCGGCCUUGCUAAGUUUCUGUAAGCAUGGGGUUUAAGGACUGUACAGUACAAUGACAUUACCGACUGACAUAUGUUGUGUCUACUUAUCUAUAUUCCAGUAAAAAUAUUAGCACUCGUACGCGUUGAGAAUUUGAAAUCCAGAUAACCAGGUUU